CACCGGCAGAGAAGCGGACAUUCCUCACCUGAGCAGAACAUGGACGCUUUAUUUCACAGACGUCUGCUGCUGCUGCUGCUGAUUGUACUGCCGGCCUGCAGCGCCGCUGUAGACAAACUCAACAUGUGUAUGGAUGGAAAACACCACAUCACUGAGCCCAAACCUGAGGGACAGUUAUAUCAGCAGUGUUCUCCAUGGAAGGAUAACGCCUGCUGCACAGCGAACACCACAGAAGAAGCGCAUCAGGACAACUCCUACCUCUACAAUUUCAACUGGAACCACUGCGGCAUCAUGAGUGACAAAUGCAAGAAGCACUUCAUCCAGGACACCUGCUUCUACGAGUGCUCGCCACACCUGGGGCCCUGGAUACAACCGGCAGAUGAGACAUGGCGUCGGGAACGUAUCCUGGAUGUGCCGUUGUGUCUGGAGGACUGUGAGAGCUGGUAUGAGGACUGUAAAACUGAACUCACCUGUAAACAGAACUGGCACAAGGGCUGGGACUGGAGCUCAGGCACUAAUCGUUGUCCGCAGGAUUCACAGUGCAGACGCUGGACGGAGGUUUUCCCGAGUGCGCAGGACAUGUGUGAGAAGAUCUGGUCUAACUCCUACAAGUACACCACACUCACCAAAUCCAGCGACCGCUGCAUGCAGAUGUGGUUUACCGGGAAAAACCCCAAUCGGAAGGUGGCCGAGUAUUACCUGAAGGGCGGUACGGAGACGGUUGCCAUGGCAACGGGUCUGCAUCUGAUGGCGCUGCUGGUGAUGCUGCUGCGCUGAACAUCCCGAACACUCCCAACACACUGUGAACACACUUUUAAUCUGGUGCUGGGUCAGAUAUGGACAAACCCAACGUUGGGUUAAUUUAUUAAUUAAAUUGAAAUUAUGGUUUUUACACUCA